UCUUCUUGUAUCCUUGACUUUCUUUGUUGGCUGUUUUGUGUGACGAUCGACCCGCAACUAUUUCUUUUUUUUUGUUUCUUCAAAAAAAAUAAACAAGGCGAACAAGAGCAUCCACCGAAUCGCGGAAUUCAUGCCCCGCAAAUUCCCAGCAAUCUUCCGGAGCUGUUAAGGCAUUCUCCUGACCAAGUCUCUCAACCUACCACUUACCUUGGCUCAGUCCAUCCAGGCCUUGCUCCUGGCUAUAACAUUCCUUGGCCGGUUGAGCAACAGAUAGCUAAUAACCCUAUGCAUCCGAUCCAACCGCCACAAUUGGCGCAACGGUCCCAACAGUCUGAAUAUAAUAAAAACCCCAAGAAUUUGAAGAUCUUUGCUCCAGCCUCCGAAGAAGUCUUGUCCCAUCAUCCUGUUGAAUCAAGCAAGUUGCCCGGAUUAGGUCCUCAAGAUUUAUAUCCUUCUUCAGACUAUCACCGAGCCCAACCUCGACUGCCUAACAUUGACUGCUUGCGCACGACUGACGCAAGUCGUCAGACCUAUCAAGAUCCGCUGUUGCCCAGAGGCACAACAGAACAGACCAGUCACCCAAGCAUGAACCAUUCUUACUUGUAUUCCCCCCUGUAUUAUCACCCUCAUGUCCAACCUGCUUAUCCAGCCAUCAUCCCUAAUUCACCCUAUCCUUCCUAUCAUAGUCCAUACCAACGCAAUUUCCCUCUUUCUCCACAAUAUCUUGCAUCCCCUUAUUUUCCAGCCCCUCCAAAGACCAAGCCGGACCCGCAACAGGAACCUAUCCUGAAUGAUGAGGAUUUCUACGAACCUAUCGCCCUGGUUUAUGAAUCAGCAGAUGAGAAAGAAUUGGACCGGCUACUUAGGACAAAGACCGAUUCCAUUCUCAAACUCGAUCCUUUCACUAAUAAGAUUAAUGUCGACUUUGGCUAUGGGCCUUUGCCCAGCCUCGCCGAUUAUCAAAUUGAUAAAACCAAAAUUGGAUAUCAUGAUGCGUUUAACAUUGACGAUUUGUACUUGUUCGAAAUGGCGCUUCGUCUAGAUGAACUACUGACCGACAAAGAACGGUUGCGGCGUUGGGACCAACGACUCAGUUGGGAGAACUCCGAAGACAAGCGAGAUUAUUGGACCAGAUUGUCGGACAUUGACCGGUCACGGAUCGGGAUCGGUACAGGCAGCUGGUGGGCGUAUCGAUUAUUUGGAGUGCCAUUCAACUCAAGGUAUGGGUACUAUAGGAUUUUGUUAGGCCAGAGCGGCCUGUUCUCCAUACGCUCUACCGCCUUUUGCAGGGGAACCUUUCAAGCUCAUUAUCCACUAACCGGACAGCUCAAGUCGAGGUUUCCGGUGUGGAGAGAUGGUGGGUUGGGACUGGGUCGCAGCCUGAUCGCCUGGGUCGACGAUCGUCCGGCUGUGCCUAAGCCGUCUAGCAAGGAGACGACGACGGAUCCGAAAGCCAAAGAGGCUCAAGAAAUCCAGAAACGGAAUCAAGAGAUCCUCAAUCGAUAUUUUCGUGCCGAGUAUGAUCGCACCAAUCUGAUCAACACCAUCAGACAAUCAUCGGCCAUCGUCCUGCAGUCUCCUCGAACAUUCCCACAAGCCUAUCAUCCCAUCCAUGGCCAUCAUCCGCCAUACAUCCAACGCACCACUAGAGUUCCUGAGCCAGCAAGAGCCGGCCAUCAGCUCAACCGAAACCUCUACGAGACCUUCGCUGGACAAACUCCGACAAGCUUCCACAACCGCGUCUAUCCGGUUCAGGGCUUCCAGAGCCUUUCCCCAUCAACACCACACCCCUUGAAGCGCAGUGUAUCGUUCACCUCGCCAUCCUACGGCGGUAACUUUGCGCAAUACAAUCCACGCAACUUCGCCGAUCCCGCAUCUCUCUAUAGAGAGCCUCAUGGCUAUGCGCCUCCCAUCAUGGACAGGGGGGCUGCAGCUCUCACACACCAAACGGCGCCCAACCUUCCUUCUCAAAACCCUUCGAAUCCGACAUCAGCUUCCAAAACUGAGCUCGCUCGCGCUGCUUCUACGGCAACAGGACACCUGAAAUCACAGCAUCAAUCCGCACUGAACUCCCACAAACAAUCGUCGCCCUCCGAUUCUAAGCCCAAAUCCUCGGCAUCAUCAGUUGCUCCUGCUGCUGCUGCAUCUGGAACCCAAAACCCCACCGCUGCUGUUGCCGAGUCCGCUCCCAAUACCCGGUUGCCCAAACCCCCGCUGGUCUAUACUCCCCAGACCCUCCCCGAUCGUCGAGUACCUGCUCAACUCGCCGCUCAUAAUCUGAAGCUGUGACAUAUCCUUCAAUGACAACCCUUUUGUUCUUUUUGUUUUUGGUGUUUGAUUACUUCUUGAGGUUUCACGGUUGGCUUUGGUGUCGAAUCCAAUCAACCAA